UCUCAUGAAACGGUCCGUCCUGAAUUUGUUUAGUUUAUGAGCAACACGUGUUGAUUUAAUAUUGUUGUCUAUUUAAUCGUUGACUGCAGGAGAGACACUAAUUUCUUAUUUUCGUUGUUAAAAAUGCCUGAAGAUGCCAAAGUUAGUGCUUCUACCGAGGGAGAAAAUAAUACAGAUAAAAAUCCUUAUGGAUAUCUCGAUCGUGAAGAUUUUACCUCUGAGAAGUACAAAAUUGAGAUUCAAGGACUGCCGAAGUACUAUGGGAUGAAGGAAUUAAAGAAUUUGUUGAAUAAUAAAUUGGAGUUGGAGUCCAGCAAGGUGAAGCCACCGAAAAAGGGAAGUGGAUGGCUUUUUGUGUGCUUCAAGAGUGAGGAGGCUGUGGAAAAGGCUAUCAAUACCAUCAAUGGCCUGACUUGGAAAAAUUGCAAACUAAUGGCGAGGAAAGCAAAACCAGCCCCAGAUCCUUUCAUAAAACGAAAAAUGGAGGCCGAUGCCAAUUCCGCAAAAAGGCAGAAGAUAGAAUCCCAAUCAGAGACAAUUUCCCCUGAGCUACAAGUAAAAACGAGCACAACUCCCCUCUGGGACAUUCCCUAUCCCAAACAACUGGAGUUAAAAACCAAGGAAAUACGAUCAGUCCUUCAGAAACUGGGCCAGGCCAUUUGGAAGCAAAAUGCUCCCCUCUCCAAGUGGAUCCAGCAACAGGAGACCAAAAACAGUGGCCUAAUCUGUGAACUUCUACCAAUUCUGAGCUCAUCCAUGACAGAGGGCUACAGAAACAAGUGUGAAUUCACAGUGGGAAGAAGUCGAGGCGAGAAGGAAAUUGUCAUUGGCUUCAGAUUAUCCAGUUAUGCAGCGGGAUCAACAGCUGUUGGACCCAUCGAUGACCUGUGUCACAUUCCCCAGAGCAUGAAGACAGCUGUUAGAUUGUUUCAAAGCUUUAUCAGGGAAUCCAAACUGGAGCCCUUCGAUCCAGUAAAUCAUCAGGGAUACUGGAGGCAAAUCACUGCCAGAACAACGAGAUUAAACCACCUCAUGUUGAUUGUUGGAGUUCAUCCCCAGGAGUUGAGUAACGAUGAAAUUGAUAAUUUGAAGAAAGAUAUCUGCAGAUUUUUCGAUGAGGAAGGGGGAAAGGAGGCAAAUGUUACGUCCUUGUACUUUCAGACCAUUAGUAGAAGAGACUCUGGUGGAGAGGGAGGAGGUUCCUUCCAGCAUCUGAGUGGCUCUGAGUACAUUGAAGAGGAGCUGAUGGACAUGAAGUUCAGGAUAUCCCCACAGGCGUUCUUCCAAGUUAAUUCACAAGGAGCUGAGAUUCUGUACAAAGCAGCAAUUGAUUUGGCUAAACCGAAUCAGGAUACGUCGGUGCUGGACGUCUGUUGUGGUACUGGAACUAUUGGCCUGACUUUUUCGAAGCAUUGUGGAGAAGUUCUGGGGCUGGAGAUGAUUCCCGAUGCAAUAAAAGACGCGAGAGAGAACGCAAAGAUGAAUAAAGUCGACAACUGCGAAUUCUUUAUUGGAAAAGCUGAAGAUAUUCUAAAAACCGUUCUCCAAAGGACAACAAAGCCUGAUGUUGUGGCUAUCGUCGAUCCUCCUCGGGCAGGAUUACAGCAACAAGCGGUUCUGGCCCUUCGAAAAUCGAAAUCAUUGAAAAGAUUGAUUUACAUCUCUUGUGAUCCCAAGGCUGCAGUUAAAAAUCUUGUGGAUUUAGCCAGGCCGACCUCGAAACAGUACACUGGGGAUCCCCUGGUGCCCGUCAAAGCUGUACCUGUCGAUAUGUUUCCUCACACUAAUCAUUGUGAACUCGUAUUUUUAUUGGAGAGAGUGUCUAUAGCGGAUAAAAAAUAAAAUCGUAAAUUGAAAGA